CAGCAGCGACAAACUGAAUGAACGAAUUUACGUUUUCAUCCUAAUUAAUUAUUUUGAUGUGUUUUGCGCGUGUCGUAUAUCAGAGGAUAAUGGUCGGAAGCCAGUGGCUGUUCUGGAGGUAUAAAAUGCAGAAUGAUAUGGUAGAUAGCGCCAAGGAUAUAUGCUGUCGCGUUAAGUGGUUUGUUUAUUGUACUGUUCAUGUUGGAUACCGGUGCAACAAGCCCGGUUUCAACUAAUCCAUUCCCUUGGUUUCCUAGCGAAAAUUUACCAAAGAGGGACGCUUUCAGAAAUUUGAUAGACAGAUUAAAACGGGUUCAAGCUCGUUCUCAAAGCUUUGGAGCAAGUAGGCCAAAUAAUGUUGGCGAGUCUGUGCUGGAUUCAUGGGCAGCUAGGGUGCGAAGAGCUCCAACAGCACGUCAAAUGAAGAAGUUAAAGAUCAAGAACCUAGCUCAAAUGGCACAUGAGGUCCGUUCGUUGUGCAAGGAAUCAUUCAGUUAUUACUGUAGUAAGGUGAGGGAAAGCAUCCCAGGGGUUUUCAGAAGCUGUUCAGAGUUUUCAUCAACUUUAGUUGGAAAGUAUGGACUACCCAGACUAGGUUCUGUCAGCGUUGAACCAAUGCAAGAGGAGGACGCAUUUACGGUGGCUCUCAACAGCGUGCUCAAGGAUGUUUCCCGCUACAGAUUUGUGAUGGCAAACGUCAGCAAGAUGGAGCAGGAAGCACUGUGCCCUGGAAACCGUGGGUUCUGUCCGCAGCUUGAAUGUUCCGGAGCAUACACCUUCUAUUGCCACAUGGAGGACUUAAUGGAUGCCACUUCCAAUCUGAUAACGAACUUAAAAGAUGAUAUGGCAACAUUGCAGAUUCCAGUGGAACAGCAGCGAAAUACAGUGACAUUAGACAGUUACUCUUUAUCUCCUGUUACCACAACGCCGAGACAAGAAUAUACACUAGCAUCUUUGCACCAAUACUCGAAGCUCUCUUCGGAAAUGCAAGAAAUGUUUGUAUACCUGUACAAUCUUGUUUAAUGCUUCAAAUUCUAAAAAUAUUUUUUAAAACAGCAUUAUGUGAUAAUACCGGUGUACUUAAGCUUGAGAGAGUAUAGUGGUUAGCUAUUCAAAAUUGGUUGGAGAGAUGCCAGUGCCCCUGAUACGAGAAAAAAGAAAGAAUUGCUGGAAGCGAUUCUUACAAAUUUGCACAAAUGCCCAUUACUCUAACUAGAUAUCUAUGGAAGGUACGCACAACCACAGUAUAUCACUUAGACUGCCGCUGUUUAAUAUAUGAGAACGAAGACAUUAUGGAGAGGACUGUGUUUGUCGAAAUUUUGGUUAGAUAUCGUAAUGAUCUCGAUGCAAAUUGCGUUCUCUACACUAUAACCUAUGUGUUAUUAUUAUUAUUAUUAUUAUUAUUAUUAUUAUUAUUAUUUUGUUGUUGUUGAUGGCUUUCGUUGCACCUGUAUUGACCAAAUGCAUUUCGCUUCUUGUUGGGUUUAGCUGAAAAGAGAGAAUUCCUUCAAAGUGCAAUUCAGUUAUGAAUUAGGAACCUCCUACCGAGCGGGUAGGCACUGAAGUCGUAGGAAGUUCGCGUGUGGCCCUCCCUUCCAAGGUUGAUCCCACUUUUACAGAUGCAAUUACACAUUUCCUACUGAUUGAAUAUGAAUAAUCGUAUACAACCGGCCACAACUGCUGUUUGCAAGCGUGCCAACAAUGUUAACUUGGAUGUUUAGAGGUUACUAAGUAAAACCAGGCACUUUUUUGUAAUAUGCCUUGCCAUAUUGUAUUGACGGCAUCACAAAGUACGUGCUUUCAUUCACAUGGAGUAGGGAUAAACGUGUAAAGCAUGCUCUUAAAUCUCCUUAACUUAAUUGCAUAAUUCUUUAUGUGUUUAGUGAAAGCGGCGAUAGUUAGAGUAGAUUUCAUAUGAUAUAAGUAAUUUAUUGUGUCUAAUUUAUUCUAAUUUAUUUACUGUAUAUUGUAUCAUUUAAGUUAUGAAUUUGACUGGAGAAUACAAUAAUAAA